AUGCACAGUCUCCUCUUUAUCCACUACCAGCUGGGGGUAGGGGGCGGGCUAGGACCCAGGGAAUCCCCAGCUGUGAAUCACUCCUCCAAAUUAUUGGAUACUGUGAAAAUGAUUUGGGUUUUUGUAGAUGUCUGGUGGGAACUUUGGGUUUGUGGUUGCAGGAAGCAGGAGAAGUGUACAGGACAUUUCGACAGCUGGUAAGCUCUUCUGAAUUCCCCAGGAAAGCAACCCAAAGUCUUGUUUUCUUAGCACCCAGCACUGGAGAACUGGGACAGACAUAUUUUCAGCUGGCAGAGUAUUGUGUAAGAUGAAUGACUGCAAAGGUAGGGCUCACCUACCCCUGCUCAAAAAGAUUGAGUAAUUAAGUAAGUAAGAUAAUCCAGUUUAAUUAUCCUCCUCAUUCAAUUGGUUAUGAAGAGGGAGGGAAACAAGAGAACCUCUUUCAGGGUUAUUCACUUAACCCCACUUUUUUGCAAUUAAAUCUAAAUGGAGAAUUUUUCCAGAACAACUUUUAUCUUUUUUCUUUAGUUUUUCUAUUUGCAUUUAACUCACAAAAAAAAGUGAAGUUCUGUGUAUAACUCUGUUCAACUUUAUGAACUUUUACAUUUUCAGUUACUUAAUUAUUUUAUUCCUCAGUGUCUUCCAUCUCCCAAAAGGUUUCUCUCACCCUCGACAUGUUCAUGGUAUCAACCCAUUUGAUGUUUCAUCAUUACAUUUGAUCUACUAGCUCACACCAAGCGAUACAUAGAAACAUCUCCUGAUUUGAUAACACACGUAAUGUUUUUCAACCAACAUUUAAGUUUCUAGUUAGGUGACCUAUAACCCACCAGCUGUUGUACAGUUUCUAGUCCCAGGCUGAUCAUUCAAUUUAGAGGCUAUUUUAGUGGCCUAGGGUUUGGUUUAAGCAUCACAGAAAAAUUAGACGAUUGUUCUACUGGAUUUUGUGAGUUUGGUAAUCCCCUACACCCUCCAUGUUUGGAGGCCUUCAGGAGAAAUGAAAAUUGGGUGGGCAUGAAUUGGCCUUAUUUUGGGAAAAGGCCAAGCUCCAAAUACAACAGCUAAUUUUGGGCAAAGGGCACCCGUAAAUAUGAGGGACACACAAAUAGACCUAUAUGCAAAUAGACUCUUAUAUGACACAAUAUGUAAAUCUAUAUUUUCUUUACAGAAUUUUACUUUCAGACAUGAUGGUUUCUGGUUCCCUGGUUAGUGUCAAGAGGUAGGACUGCAGGGCCAUCCCGAGAUUAACAAGUUUAGUUAAAGGACCACUCUAGGCACCCAGACCACUUCAGCUUAAUGAAGUGGUCUGGGUGCCAGGUCCCUCUAGGAUUAACCCUUUUUUUAAUAAACAUAGCAGUUUCAGAGAAACUGCUAUGUUUAUAAUAGGGUUAAUCCAGCCUCUAAAGCCUCUAGUGGCUGUCUCAUUGAAAAUCACAGUGAGAAGACGCAAGCGUCCAUAGGAAAGCAUUAUGAAUGCUUUCCUAUGAGACAGGCUAAAUGCGCGCGCAGCUCCUGCCGCGCAUGCGCAUUCAGCCGAAGAGGAGGAGGAGAGCUCCCCGCCCAGCGCUGGAAAAAAGGUAAGAUUCAACCCUUUCCUCGCCAUUCAGCCCGGCGGGAGUGUUAUUACGAGUUGAUUAUGGCUGCCCAGUGUGCCAUCUCAAUGGAAAUGUCUGCUUUUUCUAGCUAAGCUUUAUUACUGAAAAUUCUGUCUUGAGUCAUCGAUCUAGAAUUUCCCAGCUUUUGCCUGGCUGGAUUUUAGUGAAGGACUUCUCUAAAUGGUUGUUAUGGAGCUUCCUAAUUAUCUGCAUAAACAAAUGCCUUAGACAGGGAUUUUUCUAAUGGCUAUAAAAUCACAAAAUGGACAUACAUAUAUUUUCCAUAACUUUCUAUCUCAGACGUCGUAUAUCCAAUAAACGUGGCAAAGUUUCCGCCUAAUACGCGUUCGUUUUUGAGUAAAUAUUCUAUAAUGGCCAGUGUUGGGCUUAGAGUUCUAUAAACUUCAAACGACUAUCGUGGUUUUUCAGUUUCUUUGAUCAAAAUCUAAUGGGUUAGAAUGCUGGCAUCUCUUUUAUCGAAUAAAAGCCCUUGAUAGUAAAGCAUACUUCUGAUGUACAAGGUUUAGACCUUAUAAGUAUCUGAGCCGCUCUGCAAUUUGUAAGAGUAAUUAAUAUAGGUGCACACCCUUAGGUUAUUAGGACCAUUAAUGAUGACAAUAAAUAUGGAAUAUCUACCUUGCGUGCUGUAGACAGAGGGACAUUGAUUUUGCAAUGCAGAAAAUACAUCAUAAAUGUACAAUAAAUAUGUGAAAAAUGGCAUAGAAUAUACAAAAAUUAUUUACUGCUGAGAGUGGGUGAAAGCAUAUCCACUAAUUAUAGCUGUAUAGACAGAAAACUGUUUGUUUGUUUUUUACCUUCAUUUGGAUCAACCGCAAAAAAACAAAUGUGAGGAAGGCUGAACUUGAUGGACCCAAGUCUCUUCAGCUAUGUAACUAGUUAACAGAAGCUCUGCACAACCCCAGGUGUAGUUAUAUGCCAAGCAUACAUCAAAUAGUUUUCCAUGUAAUAUUACACCUGGAAUAUUAAUUAAAUAAGCAAUUAGUGGCCACAUAGCUACCCUUUAGUCUGGACAGUUCCAAUGGUUAAAGGUUACUAAAUAUUUUGACUUGAUGCCUUAAAAAUGGGGAUACUUGUUCCUCCUCACCACCAACUCUCAUCUUAAAUACUAGACCCCAAAGAAUAUAGUCCAAUAUCUAUUUAUGAAACUUGACCAUUAGAGUUGAUGAAUGCAGAAGUACCAUUCACACUAAAUUCAAAUCUUCUUUUGUGGCAAGACAACUCAACAAGCUAAAUUAUUCUAUUUCGGAACUAGCUUUACUGUGAUUCGAGCACUUGUAUAAACCUGGCAGGUAGGUGGUGGAAUACAACUGCUUAGAGGGAUUGGAUUGUUCUGGAUUCAUGAACUUUGCAUCCUGAAGGUCUGGAUGAUGACAAAGAUUUUUGUAUCUAAUUGGAAUGUGGCAUAUUUGGCUUUCCAGUUUCUUGGAGCGUGAUUUUCUGCUGUCUAGUCUUCUGAUUUUAUUUGUCUUUAUUAGUGAUAUCCCAAACUGUUCGCCGAACGGUUCGCCACGAACGGUUCGUGCGGACUCCCGUCAGCUGACACAUUCCAGCCAAUCAGCAGCAGACCCUCCCUUCCAGACUCUCCCACCUCCUGGACAGCUCACUAAGAAUGCAGCUGGAAUGUGUCAGCUGACUGGAGUCCGUGGCGAACCUUUCGGCGAACAGUUCGGGACAUCACUAGUCUUUAUUUAUGUUUUUGUUUUUUCUUGCAGAUGUACUUUUUAGGUGUUAUGGUUGAUGUUGUCUAUAGUGGCUUCCAGAAGCAUGAUACUCUGGUUUUAAUUUCGAUAGAUUCAGGGCCAUUUGAAAGUAUGAACUGAACUGCAAAAAGCCUGUCUAGCAUUCUUACUUUUAUUUUUUUGAUGCUUUGCUGGAAUUUUUCAAUCUUACUGUCUUAGAAAAUCAUGAGUGAACCUAAAAUUCGACCCCUCCGGUCAGCCCCUAAACCACUUAUGCUAAAACAAAAGGCUCACUUAUUGGCAAAUACUGGCUAAUCAGAGGUGUGAAGACAUGUGGCUCUCCAGAUGUUACAGAAUCUCAACUCCUCCUGUGAUCCCACAUUGUAGUUUUGUCAAAGCCGGAAAACCAUAAAUUGCCUGCCUAUAUAUUAGAAUCUGCUGUUUAUCCCACUAUGCGUGAAAUGGCCGACUAGUUAUAUGUUAGCUGCUUGUGGUAUCAUUGUGUUGUACUCAAUCCUGAUUCAAGCUCCAUUUUAAUUCUGUCUCUCCUUCCAGUUCGCUGCAACGUACAGAUUACCUGCCCUCUUCUGCACACAGCCAGGAACCUGUCUUGAGACGAGCCUCGGGAUGUCAGGUAAAUGUAAAGGCUUUAUAAUUGCAUGCCCCUUUUGUUUGAUACAACUGUUAGGAGUUGUGAAAACGUCUUAAUCUUUGUUACAGGCAUCCUUUAAACUAGUAAACAAUGCUAAGAGGAGGGAGAUGGCUGAUUAUCACAUUGCAUUUGGGAAGCAGUAGAAAGGGCAUAUGUAGUGUGUAUGUUAAUUUCUCCAUUGAUAGGUCUAAAUAAAGGUUCAAAAUGUACAUUUUAGAAAACAUUGAUCAGGUGCCAUAACGGGCAAAAUAGGCUGGCUCUGCUGUUGCCAAAACUUGUACCUUUUAGGAAGGCUUCCCUGCUGCAUUUAUUUUUAUUAUUUAUAUAUGUAUUCCGAACACUACAGCCCAGAUGUAGCUAUUUAGUUUAUGUCCCCCUAGGUAUUUAUAUAAAAAAAAGAAAUGAAAAUAAAAUUAUCUACUCACCUUUUUUUUUCAUCGCCGAGUCUUCCUUGGUGCUGCCGCCACCUCCUCCCCAGGUGAUGUCUUGCUGGAAGCAUGCCUGCAGGUUACCUGUCAAAUGCAGUGCGCCUGGCGACCUUAGGUGCUCACCACAUUGCUCCUAAGAUUCUGCAUAGAGAAUAAUUAAAUACAAUGAUUCUCUAUGGCAGAUUGUGACAGCACUGUGCAUGUGCUAUGGUAUGAGAGCAUGGAAGUAAGAUUACCGACUCUCAUAUCCAGAAGCUUGAAAGCGUGGCUUGAGGCUACACUUACAAGCCUUCUAAUUAGUGAGAUAAGGGUUUUUUGGGGGGGCAAUAGUGGGGGAGACAGGACUACAGGCACUUUAACAAGCAUUACCCAUACUGGACGGCACACGUCCUUCUAUGGCUUCCAAUUCUGGGAGCUGUGUCCGUGUGUGUGCGCUUCGUAAGAGGUGCUUUUUUUGUUUUAUUUCGUUUUUUUAGACAUGACAAAUCACAGCUAAAAUACAGAUUCUUAAUCUGAAAGACUUUAUUAUUCUAUAUGUAAAAACAAGCCUUGAUUUGUCUUGCUGGAGAGUUCCUGUGCAUGAUGCAUCGCAUAAUUUCAUUGUAGAGUGUACAUGUCAUGACGGAAAUAGGUUUACAUUAAAUGAAAGUAUAGAACAUUUUAUUUCUUAUAAUAAAUCCGCUGACCAAUGUUUCCCCUGUGCUGUAGUUGCUAUAAUUAUUCCUCUGGAUACAGGGUUUUGUCCUUUGCUAGUGCGCAAGUGUGCUGACAUUUAAAAGAGUGUGUCAUAGAAGUGUUCCCAAGCCUGACCAAUCAGAUAGGAGGGCGUUAAACAGACUCAAAGGUGCUACUUGAAUGUCAACAUAAUCAUUAUUACUAGUAUUUAUAAAAGCGCCAACAAGUUCUGUAGCGCUGUAAUACUCACGACCACGCAUACUGGUGAUGGUGUUGGCUCUAGAGGAGACGAAGAUAUUUAAUAUCCUUUUAAACAAUUUAAAUAUGUAAUGUAUCACUGUGAUAAAUAAUUUAUUAAUUAGAUAAAUGCUAGAUUUAGUAAACAACUUUGAUAUUGUUUUCUGAUAUUACUAUUUACCAAGAAUUGUAUUUAAAAGAAAUCUGUGGACUCGUCACCCUUUUUCCACCUACAUUGCUGCUAGUUAUUCGGCCCUUGGUCGAAAGCAUGCACUUGUCAGACCAAAGAUAACAUUGGUUUGCCAGCCCCACAUUCAUUUUCUGAUUACGUCAGUGCGUUAUCAGACAAAGCAGUGAUCUUUGGUUUGGUAAAAGCUUGUGAGUGUCAUGUAAAUGGCAGUGUGAAGGUGGACAAGGACUGAUAACCUGGCAUUGUUCUUUUAAUGAAAAACUCUACUACUUUUUUAAAAUUUCUUUAUUUCUUUAUAUUGACUGAUUAAAAACAAACAACUUUAUUAAGCCGUGCAUUUCACAUCUUACCUGCCCUAACUGUAUCUUUAAAAAAAAAAACCCUGCUUAAUAUAACACACCAUUAGCACAGCUUGUAUUCUACUUAAUUAAUUUAACCUAAAGUAACACUCUCACCGCUUUGCCUAAUUCGCAAAGUCCCCCCGACAGCGACAUUGGCGCUGAGGUCAGUGUCCAAGGGGCAGGUAAAGGUAGGAUUUACUGACCUGAAUCAGUCCCUUGAGGGCUCAGCCAUCUUGAUCCGUCUGGUUCUCUUUGGAGCAGACGUCACCGCAUGAGCUAGAGUACAGCACUGAGGUGUAUGGAGGAUCUUGUAAGCCAAUUCCCUGCAGCAGUCUCUGGUGAUGGCUUUUGGGAUUGACAUUUAGACUCUACCUGGAGUCUAAAAAAGUCAGGCGGAGGAGAAAUAGAGGGACAAAGUAGUGCCUACUCACUCUGUAGAUCGCUUGACUGGCUUGGAAUUUCAGUAAAAUUCCAACAGCCAAAAUUAGUAUUUAAUAAAGAUUGUAUAUAUAUGAAAUAAUCUUUUGGGCGGGGGGAGGGGAGUGCCCCGACAGUGCCACUUUAAGUCACAAUGCAACACAUAGAGAUCUGUGCACUAAAAGCAUAAACAGUCAUAGGCUUCCCAAUUUCUAUUUUUAGAACUCUUUCAGUCUGUUAUUAUGAAUCGGUGUGCUGUGAUGGUGUUUGGGAAAUAGAAGACCGCUUGUGGAAUAGCACAGCUUAGUUAAUAUUGCCCUUGUCCUUUGUUGUCCUUUGUUCACAUUUUUGCUGAUAGUGUGCCAUAAAGGGUGCCCAGCCUUAUUGUUAUUCGUUAGCAGACAUAUGACCAAGAGAAAUAUCUGGUCUGGCCAUCACUGUCUCUUUUCUCCUUUGUAAUCAAAGUGCCCAAGCAAGUCCAGACUGGAAGGUGUUAAACACAGCUUGAGACAGGGAGCUUUGGGAGUGGUGCCAGGGCUCAGCGUUACCAGGGAGCUGUUUCCCCUGGCAGUCUGAUACACCAGCCGGUGGCAUGUGUGUGUGUGUAUGGUGGGGGGAGAGCAGGAACGAGAGAGACAGAAUGUGGAAGACCUAUGAACGAGCGCCAGUGAGCAUGGUACAGGGUGGUACUUGGGAAUCCUAUGCAAAAUGUAUACAAUGCAGAUAUAAAACCAUCUGUUUUAACAACAUGCUGAAGUCCUUAUACAGUUCUGCUGUUAGGCAAAAUUGUAAACAACUGGUGCAAUAUGAAAUCACAUUUGUUUUGUUGUACAGAAGAGAUCAAAAUAUCAUAAUAUUAACUGUUUAAUAUUCAGAUUGCCAUUAUCGUAAGGUACAAGUAUAUAUGUUGGCAUUGGUUUGUGUUGUACACAGUAUCUAGCCAGGAAAUAAAAUCACAUGACUCAUGAAUGCAUGGCCGAUAAAACUCUGUAUAUUAAGAUCCUUUUGAUUAAGCCAUAAUUUAUAAUUAUUAUAUGUGUGUGUACAAAAAUGUGUAGGUUAUGGUGGAGCGCUUAGUGAAUUGUUGUAAUGUGAUACAAAUUUAUAUGAAUGUAUUAGUAUCAAAUAAAGUGCUCCACAUUUUGAAUGUUUAAAGUUAUUUUAAGGAUAAGUUGAGGGUGUACCACAUUUUUAUACAUGUUAGAGCACAUCAUUUUUAGUUUCAUAUAUAAGAAAACAUAUAAAUUCUGGGAAAAGUCCAAAAGUGUAUGGUUUUUUUUUUUUUAAUUCUGCGCAAGAUGUGUUGCUUUAACUCACUCUCCUGUGGUUUAGAAAGGCCUACUCAAGGGCGUGCAAAUGAUCUAUAAAUAUAAUAAAACAACAUUUUCUUUCAAGCCUUAAUGGAGGUCUCAGUAGAUUCUUUGAAAACGCCAACACAUUAGAACGUCAGGUGCUAAACAUCUGCUUUAAAAUAAGAGAGGAGAUGCACUGAAUCCCCUAUUUACUGCAGGGUAUGGGCCUAACGCAGAAUUUUUUGUUUUGUUUGUUUUUUAAAUGAUUUAAUUAGAAUUAUUUUUUGUUCAUUUAUUUGGAGUGGCGGUUCUUUCAGGCUGGACAUUUAGAGGUCACGACUUGCGCAUCGACUAGUAACUAAGUCUAGCACUGGCUGGAAUUUGGUAGUCGCUACAGUUAUUUGACGCCUAACUAGUUACUUUCUGUGUCAAUCAGACCCACCAUCGUAUUUGCUGAGUCGAUCAUCUCUUUAAGCAUUUGUCAGGCAUUUAUAAUUUUUUCUUCCUUUAUGAUAUAUAUAUAUUUUUUAUUAUAGUGAAGUGACACAAACUCCCGGACAGAUUAAUUCUAAAAUUCGUUAAAGUAAAUGUUUUUAUACAACAAGCCACUAGUAACAAACCGUUGGAACGUCCCGCCAGCUCGUUUGCAGGGUGAACCACAAAUAUUUGUAUAUUUUUGAGUCGAACAAAGGCUUGGCCCUAGAACAUUUGGUUUGUCGAGUAUUAAUGCUUCGGUAUUGAGGAUGAGGUGUGGCUGGAAAAUGAAAACAGGUCAUGGGGAGAUAGCUAUGUCUGUCCGAGUGAAAAUAAAAUUGUAGGGAAGGAAAGGAAAAUAUGCAAUCAUGGAAGCCUCUAUGGCGUGGAAAAGAGCCAACAGUGUGUGACAAGGUAUGAGAUAACAAUGAAACCUGAUUAACUCCAGAUUUCAGGGAGUCAUGCAAUGGUAGGAGUCCUUCUAAAAGACUCUAUGCAGAUAUGCAUCUUCUGUUCACAGAAUUGGCACCUUAGACAUAAAAAGUAUCCACAUGCAAAUAAGUGUUUUAUUCUAGUAAAUUCCACUGGGUACACUGGACAAGCCAUGUCUCUGUGGCACCACGCUAGCUGAAAAUCAUUGCGGGCGCCAGCCUGGUAUCCUGGCAUGAGACGCAGUGCUGCGUGUUAUGAAUUAAUGAGAAGGGGGGGAGGGAAACAGAAGAGACAGACAGUAAUGGAGGGGUGAAUAAAAUGUAAGUAGAGAAAGUAUGGGGGGAGCGACAGAGUGCAAAAAAUAGACAUUUAAGAGACAAACCUUGCAGUCUUAAGACCAACCGAGAACGUAUGAACGUUCUAUAUACCUGCAGCAAAAGGAAAAUGUGCAGAAAAAAAAAAAAAUGAAGAACAGGCUGGAUAUUAUUACCAAAAAAAAAGACCUUCUGAAAGAAGGCUCAAGACAGGGGGAGAGAGAGUGUGUGUGUGUGUAGUGUGAGACACAAAGGUGUGAGAAAUUGUAGAAAAAGAGGUGUGAGGAACAGAAGAGACUAGACAGACAGGCGAGGGAGGGUGAGGAAGUGUAAGAGCGAAAGAAGGAAGCAGACACAAAGGAAGAGAGAUAUCUGGGCAUGUGCCCAAUAUAUUGAGUGGCUUAGUAUAAAUCAGCUCCCAUAGCAACAAGGACCUGCGUUAAGGGCAGGAUUCCCGUCUGUGCCACCCUUUAUCGUCUAUAAUCUAUAUCGUUUUUGUAGCCCUAUUUUUAAUUCUUUAUAGCUAGUGUCUCGGAAAAAGGCAUUAUGGAUACAACUUUUUUUUCUUUCCAUUCACCAAUGCAUAUGUAUAAUUAAAAUACAUGAAUAGCAUGUUUUAAAAUCAUUCUUAUUUGUUUUUAAAAAUAGAAAAUGCAAGCUUUUUGGUUUUGUUUAUUGAAUAGUUUUUUAAUCAAAACCGUACUGGACAAGAAUCCUAAAAUGCUGGUAUUUAGGAAGAUAUGUGUGAUAUACAUGCUUGCCAACACACCGAUUGCGUGCUCAUAAUUCUAUUGCAUACUGUGCACUUUAGUGAUGUGUUGUAUGCUGUAAGCACGCUCACCGUAACACAUCCACAGGACAGAAAUGUAAGUGAUGAUGAAACACUACUUUAAUGUGAAUCUAGUUCAUUUCUGUAUGAACUGAAUAUUUAAAAACAAAGUUUGUCAAUUUAGGAAUAAAACAGAUCAAUCCAGGAUCAAACAAAAGGAAGAAUGGAUGAAUACAAAGAUGUCAAGGUGGCUCAAGAAUAAAAUGAAAUGUUUAUUACAAAACGUUAAAACAAUCUUUACAAAUAAAAUAUAGCAAAUCUGUAAAAUCUAAAAUGCAGCUCAACACAUUGCUGGCUGGAAAUAUUUUUAAUACUAAAGAUAUACUUAGAUAUACUAAAGAUAUAUCGAGAUAUACUUAGGGCCAAUCUGUUUAGUCAAGGAAUAGGUGUAGUAUAGGGUUCUGUAACCCCUGCCCCGGUCCCUGAUACAAACACAGGAAGAGGUCAGGUAUAUUAGUUAUGGUGUGAAGGAGGGUCUUAUUCCUUGCUUUACCCAAUUACCAGACUUGGGGCACAAUUUGACAGUGUUGAUGGCAUACAAUUAUCCCUUAAUGUUGGAAACAAUAUGCACUCUGAAAGAAUUCACAGUUUAAGUUGGUGUUAUUGAUAGCAAAUGUAUUUUAAUGUAAGUAAUUCCGUUAUAAACAGGGCUGCAAAAAAAAUUUUUAAAUUCAAGGGGGAGGAUAAUUCAAAAAGUUACAUUGCCUUAAAGGACCACUAUAGUGCCAGGAAAACAUACUCGUUUUCCUGGCACUAUAGUGCCCUGAGGGUGCCCCCACCCUCAGGGUCCCCCUCCCGCCGGGCUCUAGGGGGAGGAAGGGGUUAAACGUACCUCUGUCUGCAGCGCCGGGCGGGGGACUCUCUGCCUCCUCUCCUCCUCCUCCUCGCGCCCGCAAGCCAGUCCAAUUCUCUUGCUAUGUUUAUAGAAAAAAAGGGUUACACCUAGCUGGACCAGGCACCCAGACCACUUCAUUAAGCUGAAGUGGUCUGGGUGCCUAUAGUGGUCCUUUAAAGAAAGGCAAGAUAUUUUUAAACACAUGGGGAGAUUUAUCAAGGUAAAAUAUGUGCAAUAUCUAAAAAAAAACAAUUUAAAAAAAAAAUCAGAUAAACAUACAAGCAGGAUCUCUAUUAAAAGGCCACGGGGGAAAUACUCAGGACUUGGCAAUAAGCACCAAUAUUAUACAAUUUGUGUAGAAUAUGGUAAAACCACAAUUUUUAUUCAAAGAUCAGAACUUCUGAACAGCGGUUAUUCUGUCUGAAUUAAAUAAUCAGUUACUAUGUAUGAAAUCAUAAGACCCAAGGAAUAUACACUCUCUGAAUGUUCUAAAACUCUAUGGCCUUGUGCAUGUCGGAAAACUUGGUUUGUACGAAAAAUUAAUUUUGGUUUGUCCAAACCUCUUUACGUCCAUUGAUCCAGUUCAGACAAAAUUUGGUCCAAUAUUUUCAGUUCAUUUUAUGAUUCAGACAAAUCAAAUUGCACAAACCCUUUCUUCAUAUUUCAGAUAUUUUGCUAAAUAGUAUCCUAAUUUGGUAUAUAUGGGAUUUACAUGUUUAAGGAUACCAAAUAAGGAAGCUAGCUACUAAACACAACAGUUCCCUAAUUUGGCACCCUUACAUAAGGAACAUAAUACAAAGACUGUUCCAGCUUACAUAAGGAACAUAAUACAAAGACUGUUCCAAUCACACUUUUAAAAUACCUGCCAAAUUACAUGAGGUACAAAUAAUGUGUACUAUCAAGUCUGCUGAUUUAUGUACAUGGACAGAUGUACACAAUUCAUAAAAGAGUGAGGCAAUAAAAUAUCUCAUGCCAAGAUCCCUUUAUCAACGUACCAGGGAGAAGGACAGAACAAAAAACCCACACAAGGGUUAGGGAUCUUCCGAUAUAAUUUUUCCAGAGCCGAAUCCCAUACAAAUUAUCGGUCGCCUUUCAGGCCAAUGAUGAUGACUGGUGCUGAUAUUUUGUACAUCUAUUGUUUUCAAAAAGUAAUACAAUUUGUACACAAAUCUGGCAUUAACAAAACAUGGUGACAGCAAUCAAGCUCUUAUCAUUCUCAGGCAGCCAGCAUGUACAGUGCUGUUACUGAUAGUGCGGUUGCUGAGCUCCGUGUGCGGGACUCACAGAAAGGAGUAAUGUGAGGUCACGACCUGGCGCUUCUUUGGCUGGUGGCUAGUGUUUUCGGAUGAAGAAGGCAGCGUGUGGUGAUAGGUAAUAUUGGUAAAUCGCAAGGCCUAUACCAAUUAUCGGUAAAAUGCUGAGUAUCGGCUCUAAUAAUCAGCGGAACAGAUAAUUGGUGUACCCCUAGUAAGGAUACCAAUUAUGUGAAUUCGUCCUAAUGAACAAAUACUUCUACUAUGCAGUUAGGGAAUUCGGACAAAUGGCUGAGUAUGCCAAUUUUCAUUCAAAUCGCGGUUCAGACAAAUUUGAAUGCUCAACUCUACAACCAUCCCCAUCAAAACAUUAGACUACCUUAAAGCAUAGUAAUUAAAAAUAAUAUCCCAGGAGGGAUCAGGUAGGUUCCAAAUAAUGUAUGUCUACCUGGUCCACAUGUAAUUUUCUUGGUGAAGGUAAAGUGGGUUGCAUAAGUUAGGGUAGGGCUGUCAGACCUUGAAAAACCACUAAAGAUUUAUAAGAGCUUAGAGAGUGCCCUACAUAGAAGAAACUAUAUCAGAAAAGGGACGCAGAACAGGUGACCACACUGUAACUCUAAACCUGAAAAGGAUUAGGUCGUCUUUGGUUGAGCGAGGAUUGGCUGCUCUGAAGCAGAGAUCAGUUGAUGGUUAACGCAGGAAGAGUCUGAUCGCUAUCAAAGACGACAUUCACGGAUAAAUGGUAAUGUGAUAACUUGCUAAGGGAUACAGUGCAUCUGGAUUUAUAACAUUUUAUCACUGCCCACAUUUAGUACAGGUCUGGAAAAAUUAUCAACAAGGUUAUCCAACCGAAAGAGUAAGUUACUAGACCCAGGAAGGAAACUUUUAUAGCAGCUGAGCAGAAUUCUAUACCCCUCUCCUAGAUUUUCAUACUGGUCACAGGUGAGUGCUCUAGUGUUGAAUAUUCCUGGGGGAGUGCUUGUAUUUAUCAUUAAGUAAAUUUUAUAAAGCUUUGCCUUAUAGGACAAUGCUGUUUCUAAAUUGGUUAGGUUUAGUAAUUGGGUUUGAGAGUGCAGAGAACUUCACAAGCGUCCCCUAUUUUGAAAGUCUGCAUUUUUUAAGGUAGACUGUACACACUUGACCAACUUAAUUGUAUUGAAUUAGGCUUGCAGUCCUCACCUGGCCCACACCCCCCAAAAUCCUUUAUUUCACUAAUUAGAGGACUUGGAAGUGAGGCUUCAGAUCUCUAAGCCCUCUGGAUUUGAGAGCCAGGAAUCUUACUUCCGGGUGUGAAUACCAUGACGUCAUGUGCAUAGGCGCAGUGCCAUCACGGACGGCUGUAGAGAAUCAUUGUAUUUAAUGAUACUGUAUGGCAGGAUCUUAAGUGCAUUGGAGCAAGCGCCGCGCAUGUUCCCAGUGCUCCUCUGUUAGGGAUGAAGCAACCCGACAAUUUGGUUGCGGUAACACCAAGGGAGACUUUGCACUGGAGAAUUUAUUUUUUAUUUUUUUUGAGGAAGGCAGAUAUAAAUUGUACAUGCACAGGGGCACUUACUGGUGAGUUUGCUGGACUGAAAAUCAAAUCUGGUUUUCCCAGUUAUGUUACCAAUGCUCUAGCCAGCCAAUAUAUUGGCUGUUAAAGCGGCACUGUCCAAUCCCCAACUCCCAAAAAUUACUUUUUCAAAAAAAUUUAAUCUUGAUGAAUUGCAAAAUCUAGAGCAAAAAAGUUGCAAAUGGGAGGAAAAUGUACAACCUUAUUUGCCUAAAUUACUCACUACAUUUUACUGUUGACUGAAAAAAAUCCUCAAUUUGAACUUCUCCCAGCAUGGUAUUCUCCACUAUUGUAUGAAGAUAUAACUGGCUAUUUAUAUUUAGUUUCUAAGCAAGAAGCUUUUGUCAUAGGUAUUGCAGAAACCGAUGAGCUAAAUGUAGUUUAACCAGCCUUCCCACUCAUGCAAAAAAAGCAUAGGGUAGGGUUGAAUUGACAUCUGUUGUAGUAAUAAUUGCCAUUUUAAAGCAACCCCUAAUUGGGAAAUGUGGUCAGAUUUGUACUGUCGAAAUAACUUCCCCAUGUUACAAACAACAAAACUGCAUUAAUAUAUUACAUUAUUUAAUCUCAUGGGAAACGGGCAUAGACUGAGAACACGUUUUUCUUUCACACCCAUAGGUUCUCCUUUAAGCUGCUAAUUAAGUAAAUCAGUUCCCAGACAAAUGAGCUUUAAGCAGCAACCUGUAAACUGGGAAGAGACGGUAAAUGAAUCAUUAGGCGGCCUUUGAGGGUAAACGACUGCCUUCAAAUCUAAAAGAGCAUGUAAGUAAGGUGUUAAUCAAAACCUGCAAUGUACAAACAUAAAAUAGCAUGCAAUGUAAAAAUAGAGAUAUCGGUGGCCCCCAGUUUUGUCUCAUGAGACCAAAGUUCUAUACUUAAAGUGACACUAUAGUGAACAGAACUACAGCUUAUUGUAUUUGUUCUGGUGAGUAUAAUCAUUCCCUUCAGGCUUUUUGCAGCAAACACUAUGUGUUUCAGAGAAAAUUUACACUUACAGCCUAGGGAUACCUCCACUGGCCACUCCUUAGGUGGCUACUAGAGAUGCUUCCUGGGGCAGUGCUGAACAGUGAGUAGCACUGCCAUUCAGUAUCUCCACCCUCUGCAUGGAGACACUGAACUUUCCUUAGAGCUGCAUUGAUUCAAUAAUCUCUGUGAGGAGUUGCUGACUGGCCAGGGCUGUGUUUGGCUUGUGCUGGCUCUGCCUCAAUCUGCCUCCUUGAUAUGUAAAAGCAUUGUCAUUGGCUCAGAAAAACACUUCUGAUGAUGUCUGCCAAUCAAGCAGAUCAGGGGCAGAGCCAGCAGCUGCAGACUUGAACAAAAGUCAGAUUAUACUAUAGUAAGGGAGGACAGGGCGGCUAGAUGGUGGUUUUAACACUAUAGUGUAGGAUAUACAUAGCCAACCCUAUAGUUCUUCUUUUACUGAGCAGCAAAGGAAGACAAAAUGGAUGACUUGGUCCUCCCUUUUAUAGGAUUGGAGUUAUUCUGAUUUGGUUUAUUUGUUACUUUGAAUGUAGUUGUUCUGAUAUAACAUUUUUUUUUUUAAGUCUACUGAUUUUUCUAAUAUUUCUUUUCUGCUGAGAGAACUAAAGAAAGAGUGUAGUGUAAUAGGAUUCUCCAUGUGUUUAAUAAAAUUCGUAACCAACUCAUAGACUUACAAUAUGUAUUGGAAUGCAGGCAGUGACAAGUAUGAAAGAGAUAGCCCUGAAACGUGGACUGUAUAUGAAGUGUCGGAUAACCAAAAAAUGAGAAGUCUUUGAUUUUUGUUUUUCAUACAAAAUGUCUAAUUGGCUCUUGCUUGUACAAAUCACGUUGUUCCUGCUUUCAUCGCUGAUCUCUCAAAUUGCCAUCUCGUAAUAUUGUGAUAGAUAAGCAAAGUAAAAUAAAGAUGUUUGUGAAUUAUGUUUAAAUAUAGGCUGGCUGUGAUUCCUGGGAAAUGUAGUGUCAACGUUAACCAUCAGUGUUCUUGUACAAAGUAGAAGCAUUGUCAAAGUUAGAGUAAAACGAGCUGCCGUAUUGAUUUCAUAACAGAGUACAAUUUACUUUGCUCAAAGACUCAUGUUGCUGUAUAAGCAGAUAAUAAUUUUUAUCAAAUAAUGCAUGCAACACAACCCAAUACCGAACUAUCAAUUGCCUUGUUAUAAAAAUGCUUGUUUCAAACUACAUUUUUGUAGUCUGUUACAAAAGCAAAAUUUCUGUUCCCAAAUCAUGAGUGAUGUUGCCAAAGUUACCUCUGUUGUAGUCUACUAGAAAAUGACAACUCUCGUAAAAAAAAGUUGUGUUUUUUUAUCAGUUAUGUUGCUGACCUUUAUUAUUAUUAUUAUGUUAUUGUUAUUAUUAUUAUUAUAAUAAACAGACCUUUGCUGUAGUCUGCUAGAAAAGUAUUGCUCCUUGUGAGAAAGUAUUCCAUACCUUCUACAUUCUCAAACGUAUCAAUGAUGCAGUCUGCUACAAAAGAAAAAAACGGCUUCCAUUUAUUUGUCAGCCUUUAUUGAUGUACUUUGGAUAAUUACAAACACACAAAAAAAACAAGUAGGCUGGUGGCAGGUGAACCUACAUAGUAAAUGGAAGUGAAGGUUGCCUAAUUUGGAUGCUAAAUAUCCUUUCCUGCCAGAAAUCCGACAUAGAUGCAAUAGCUCCCGCUUCUCUAACAUGUGUGGGAUUGCCAAGUGCUUUGCCAGUUAAUUGGCAAAUUGUGAUGUACGGAUCAGUCUAUGAACUUUCCCUUCAUUAAUGAAAGUAUCUAAUUUGAUUCUCAUGCAGAAAGCUCUCCUGCAAAUUGCAAACAAAAAAUACAUUCUGUUCCGAUACCUUGAGCUUACUGCACUCGUGAUGACCAACGUUCUUGGCCGUGCCUCGCAGUUUAACCUCUUCCUUGCCAGGAGUAAUAGAAAACCAUUAAGAUAGUUUGGCCGUGGAUAAAGCUUCAAAGAAGAUUUUUUUUAAAUUGUUUUUAAUUUUUAUAAAAUACGUUCAUGCCCUAAAAGGAAAGCUGACUUUUUUUUUAUUUUUAUUUUAUUUUUAAUUUUGUUGACCGAGUGAAAAGCAGGUUAUUAUCGGUAUAAUAAAAUGGGUACACUUUUGCAAUUAGUUUGCACCUCCAAUUUCAAUUUAGAGAGUUCACAUCUGCACAUCAGUUGCAAUUCAGUUGAGAUCCAGGGUGGAACGAAUGGCCAAAGGAGAAAGAGAAGGCAGUAAAAAGGGAGAGACGGGUGUGGAAAGGGGAUGGACGUAAAGAGACUAUUGAAAAAAGAACCGUGCAGGAAAAUGAAGGCAUUAGAGGCUGGGAGAGAAAUGGCACAAAAAAAGAGGAAGCAUAGGAAUGAAUUCAUAGACAUUAGGGUGGAGGCAAUGAGGAAGCUACAGAAGGCGUGACAGUGUACCGAAGGAGGAGUAAAAAUGAUUGGUGGUAGGGAUGGCCAGAGACCGGGAGAUCGAUAAUGAAAGAAAUUUUAGGUAAACCAAUGAAGACAGUGGGUGGUGGGAAUGAGUAUAGGGAGGACAAAACAGUCAAGGUAAGCUUAAGGUUAAGUAAAGAGGGUGUUAUUGACUCAUGCACACCCACCCAAAGAACCCAGUGCAAACAGAACAGAAUGGAGACAUUGUGAUGAAAAGAUUUGAUGCAGGCUAGGUAAGAAUCGGGAGGUGGAGAGAAAAAACCCCAUAAAGAUCAGAGAGUGAGACAUACAAGAGAUGCAGUGAUACACAGAAUGCAGUAUACGGAGAGAACAGAUUGAAAGGUGAAAAAAAAGGUUUGUUCAAUUUCAGGUCAAUUGCUGCCAAGCUAAUCCAAUGCCAGUCUGUGCCAGUGUGCGACCUACGUUUAUCUUCUCUGGACUCUCCUUUGUUCUUUUCCGUUGAGAUGGAGUGUCCGAAAGGGAGGGGGAGGAAGGAAAGAAGGGCCGCGAAAAUGCAACGCCGCCUCCAGUGUCAUGGCACAGGGCCCAAAGCCUCUUCCCCCAUCGGUCAGCUUGUAACAUGGCCGUUCCCUUUCUGACAGUGUGUGUGUGUGUGUGUGAGAGAGAGACUGGGAAAGGCUGGAGAGGCAGGGACUUGGAGGCAGCAAUGAAUACAGUCGAUGAGAUAAUUGAAGACAGCAGUGUAAAGAUAGCCUUUUCUUCUGCAGUAAUUAAGGGCCUACUUUAUUUUAAUGGCGAAUAUGCCAAGUGGCGGAGAGUGAGCAGUACCCGUAUUCCCUUGAAACAUGUUUCUCGAUUUAGAUACCAUAGGCAACAGCAAAACCAUUUUACAGCAGUGUUUCAUUCAGAUGCAAAAGCAACACAUUGGGUAACUCUGCACAUGGAUACACUAUUUACACUGCAGAUCAGUGAUUCUUUAUAAUUUAUAACUACACCACAGACUGAUGUUAGAAUGCUAUUUUCCCAAUCACAGGUACACAAACUGCCCAGACUUGCCACCAGCCCGGCCGCCACACAGCAUGUCUCUGCUUCACGUCCUCAAUGGUACGUAUUCCAAGUCCCACAUAAUUUAAGCCUGCUCUGACAUUGUGUCUUGUCUGUAUAACGUAGAUAUACUGCUGGUUGCCAUAAACCCGUAGAUCCGAACUUGUGCUGUGCCCCUCUCACAAGCUCGAGUGUGCGGGUCUGUGUCGGCUUGGCUACGGCGGCAUGACGUUUGCAGAAUAUGUAUUGGUAAAAUUAAGAGUUACUGCUUGUUUAUUUUCAUCUUUCUUUCAGGGUUCUAUGAGUUUUCUGAUGGGGCAACUGAGGUUUUGGGUCUUCUCCUGCAACUGGCUGGUUGUUUCUUGGUAUUUUUCUGCUUACAUCCGCAGUUUUUUUGUUUGUUUGUUUGUUUGUUUGUUUGUUUCUAGUGCUUUUGUCUGUGCUUCCAUCUUUGUUCAUGAUGAUCAGAACUUCUGUUCUUCCAGUGCGUACCAUGGUAGACAUAUUUUUCAGGUCUGCUAUUGGUAAUCCACCACAAGAUCAUAAGGAGGUGAAAGCAAUUACCUGGCACCAAGUUGUUGUGGAUCACAUUUGUUAUGAUCCUCAGCCAGACAUCUGACUGCCUGAGUAUCACCCGAAAGGUAUACACAACAGCUUGCGUGCCAAAGGUUUGCCAUCACCUCCACAGGAUAUCUGGGUUGUUGCUUUCUCAUGGUCUGUUCUGUGUUGCUAUUGCAUAAUGGUUUCUGUAAAUGCUUUUUUGAUUGUCAUGAUGUUUCCUCUGAGUGGUCUACGCCGCAGAGGGUUCUGGUUCCUUUCGUGUCCCGACCAGUGGGCUCCAGGUUGAGGUAGUAGGUUGUAUAGUUGAGGAUAACACCAAAGGAGAUAACUGUACAGCCUCCUAUCUUUCCCUGGGGUUUCGCCAUGACAACAGUGAUGGAACUCAAAAAAUGACCACGGUAAAAUGGUAACAAGGUGCAAAGAUUUCUGUGCAGAAUAGGACGUUAAUAAGCAAGUGACUGUUUAAUGUAUGCACGUACUAUUUUUAAGAAUGUAAAAUGACUGCUAAGUGUUUACGUAUAGAAGACAAAGUCAAGAAGGGGAAGCUGUUAUUUAUAGUUUGCAGGUGAAACAGAAGAUAAAGUGGGGGGGAAAUGUUAACCACUAACUUUGAGCAUAUUUUAAAAAUAAAUUGUAAUGAGUCAUGUCCUUAGUUUAUUGCUAAUAAUUUGAUAUAUAGACUUGACCAGAUAAAUCGGUGUUUAUGCAGUAUUACUGAUUCAUGUCUGUUAAGUAAAGAGAGGUUCCUUUGCAAGUUAUUGGAAGCUGCUAUGACAUAGCUCAACACCAAGUGGUUUCUCAACUUCAGGCUGAAUACAUCUACAUCAGUGGUUCUCGAAGUAUUAAAGCACCAAAACCACUUUGUUGAUUUGAAGUGGUUGCUCGUGGUGUCUGUAUGUGCAGCCUUUUGCUAUGAAAUGCUGCAUAUGGAGAUAAACCACACUGCUGCCUCGGGUGUAACUCUACAUCCGGCAGCUUCAUGAAGAGUUCCGGGCUGACUAAUAUCAAUUCUGUGCAAAAUUGGUGUCUGAUACCAGCACGCACUGCUUACUGGCACCAGAUAGCCAACGACUGCCCACCCUCCCUUCAGCCCUCCAAUUCCCCACAUUAGCAGAGGAAGAGCGGCUGUGCAGGAAAACAGACCUUGUUGUUUUUUGUUUAUUUUUUUUCCAUUGGAUGGGGUGGAAAACCACAGCAAUGGUAACUAGAACCAAAACCAGUGCUGUAUAAAAAUACUUUUUAUUUUUGGUUGGUUGGAGUAACCCUUUAAGCUAGUUUGUAUGGACCGACCGUCAAAUGAUCCCAUACGUUUUUUUUUAUGUAUAUGUCAAGAAAACAUGGGCAGUGAUGGUUUGAGAAGUGCUAGCAGCAUCACAGCAAAGAAGAGCAGACCUGGGAUACUAGUACACCAGGUGCUGUUAAAAAAGACAGGUGAUCUAUGAAAUUUAUCUGUGGUGCUGGACUGGUGUGAAUUAAACUGACCCAUACCCUGUCUGGUUACUCAUGGCAAAAUAGAGGUGAUUCACAGCUUUUUUCAGACCUAUGCAAACUACAAUGAGAAAAUAAAUCCAAGGCACACCUACGUUUUUUGUUUUUUUUUAUCUUCAUCAGCAGCUUGUAAACAUCACAUUCACUUCAAUCCUAACUAGAAAGAUAUGCAGACUUCUAGCCAAGCCGACAUAUUAGUUUGUAUUAAUUGCCAGAUGGGAAUCCCAAUGUUAACGCUGACACUUAUUAAAAACACAUUCUAAGAACGUGCAUUCAGCCUCACAGAGUCACAAAGUCAAUGUGCUCGUGGCACAUACCACGACAUAGCGUGCCAUCUCGAUAUCGAUAUUAUUAGGUCUGUGGCUGUAACCCCUAUCUCUGGAUCCAAAGUGGGGGGUCUCCCAGUGCAGGUUUGAGAGAACGACUAUGCAAGUGUUACUUUACUCUGCAGUGUCAGUCAUACUCUGUCACUUUUCCAGACGGCAGAUGAUGAUUUUUUUUUUUUAUUGUUUUGUGCCUUUCCCACCAUGCAGUUUGAGGCUGUAUGAUAUUUCAGUCCCUGUGUAGUUCACCCACAGAGCUGUCACAACUCCUCGUUCCUGCUGCACCCCCUGCUGUUGCAGUGCUAACCGCACAAUGAUCUGUCACUAGACUCCAGUCCUGCAGCGGCCCCUGCCGUGCAAGUACUAAGCAUAUAUAGUGCAGUCAAUAUAUCCUUCCCACUACAGUGCCCCCUGCUGUUCCUACAUUAACCAUACAAAGUACAUCUGCUAGGUCUCAGUCUUACAGCUCCCCCCAGUGGGGCAGGUAGAGUAUUGUUGUUAUAUCUGUUAGUGCUGCCAGUCUAUCAACAAUAUUCGGGUCAGUCAUAAACACACAAAGAUGGUUAGAACACACGUCUACACUGAAAUAUAUAUAAGCAACAUAUAGGAUAAAGGUAACAGUUUCAAUGCUGGUGGCUUCGACCUAUGAUAGCUUGCUUAUAGGGAACAUCAGUUGAUAGGGAAGGAGUUAUGACAUCUGGGUACCUAUAAAUAUAAUGUGCAAAUAUGUCUCAAUCCAAAGGACAAAUCUUGCAUAAAAACAGCUUUCUUGUACUGGAGAAACAAUGAAAUUAUGUUUUUACGUUCCAUUUUUUUUUUCUUUUUAAUAUCGUUUAUCGUUUUGUGUGUACCCUCCUAAUUGCAAAAAUGGAAUAUUCUAUGUGCUUUUCUUUAUAUAAACAUGUACAUCUCCUGUCCUUUGGAUAGAGAUACAAAUAGUUAUCAGCAUUAAAGUAUAGAAAUCCAUGCCAAAUGAUUCAGGCACGUAUCUGUCUAGACACAAGAAAAAUCUGGAGCUAGCUUUACAGCCCCGAUAGCGAGAUUUCAAUUUUUUUAUUUUAUUUUGUUUUAUUAUUAACAGUCGCACAAAUAUCAAACGGAAAAAAAGACAUGUGCGGCACAUUUACAAACAGGCUUAAUAAAGAGCAAAAAAUAAUUUUGGAAACAGACUGCGACUGUCUGGAAGUGUGUACUCAAUCUCAAUAAUAAAACGGGGCCAGACGUGCUGUACUGCCAUCUUUGAUACCCAUUAACAAUUCAGCCUGCGCACACACAAUGCUAGGGCACACAGGUGCCACACAGGUACCCAGGCACACAUACAUAGUCCAAGCUAUUGUACUUGUAAGUGUUGGGGGCCAUAAUGACCGGCGAUCCUUUGUUUUGGAAACCUAUAUGAGAUAAGUCCUAUUCCUUUUUCGCUGAAUGACAUUACACCCUUUGCGUUCCAUACGAACUUAUAUAUAAAAGCAGCUACAUUCUCUACUGCAAUAUAAAUAGAAGGGUUAAUUGUAUUAGGAUCAACACUAUAUAUCCCCCAUCUAAUUUAAAUUCUCCAUUCUCACAUUUUGCCACCCUGCUUUCUGCAAAGCACCCCCACCCCCCAUACUCAGCCAGUCUACUGCCCUAUCACCCCACACAGACACACACCCUCCCUUUCACUGUCUUGAGCCAGACAAGUUUAAUAAAUCCCCCCCAUCCUGAGCAGAGCCGCAUUGCGCUUUCUGCCUGUCUGGAAAUGAAAGGCAGCCCAGGGGCGGGGAGAGAGCAGGGGAGGGGAGGGAGGGAUGGAGCCAGAGAGAAUGGAGGGAGAGCAGAAAGGGGGGGAAGAGAGAGAGAGAGAAUAGCUAUAGAAGGGAGGAAGAAGGAAGAGAGAAUGGGCAGAGAGACAAGGAAAUUAGAGAAAAGCAGAAAAAGGUAGGGAAGGAGCUGCUGGAAUAGAUUACUAUAGAUUUGUAGAGCAAAUCGGAACGGAAUGUAGCUGAAUAUGAAAUGGAAUAAUUCGUAAUGUAUGCCUUUAAUAUACAGAGAAGGUGAGAUGGCAAUCUCAGGCAGCUAACAAAGCAGAGUUAUUGACAAAGGGGAAGGGAAUCGGAGUAAAAUGGGAGGGUGGGGAGGAAAAAGAUCGGAAGGAUGCAAUUGUGACUGUUGCAGCGAGACGUAGGGAUGGAAAAGUAAAAUAGAUGCGAGAAUCGGCAGUGAAAGGUGGGAGAAGUAGGAAAGGCAGCAACACAUGAAAGGAGAGUGAAGACAAAAGACAAAGGGGUAUUCGGAAGGAGAACAGCAGGUAGAGAAUGGACAAAGGUAGAGAAGGUGCGAAAGAGCGAAGCGUGGACGGGGGUUGGGACAUGGAGUAAAAAAUAAUAAUAAAAUGACUGAGAUAAAAACAUUCAAAACUAAAGAGGGCUUUGAAAAUAGAAAAAGUCAAAUGGAUGAAAUGUCAGGAAAGGAUUGUAACAUAAGGGGGCAGGCAGGACAGUAGUGAUGGAGAAUUGGGGGGAAUGGAUGUGUCUGGGUAACAGGUGCAGCGAGAUGCAAGGCGCCACACUUUUUUUCCUCGGUUUCCGAGGCCUGCAAUGCUUAGAGCCGCAGAGAUGCAGCGAGCACUGAUAUGCUACCUGUUACAGAGGCAAUGGAGUGCAUUUUGCUAGACACAUUGCACAGCAGGAUGCAAGGCUCUGUUGCCAGGUUUAUGGGAGGGAGAAAGGGUGAGAGUGUAUGUGAGGGCAGAGGGGAGGGAGGGCAUGGAACAGCCUCUCUGGUGACGCUCCCUCCUCACAGUCAGAGGAUGAGAAGACAGACAGCAAACAGGCUGCUCGAGGUCAGGUACUGAGCCUGAAUCGGCUGCAAUGAGUGUCAGUGUGUACGUGAAGCCGAGUGUCUGUCGGUUUAUCGUUUGUGUGAUACAUGGCUGUGCAAGAAAUUACACUGGAAGGUCUGUCUUGGCGCUGGUCUUUAUGACUGUCUGAGAAAGGAAUGGGUUUUUUGCAAUAUCCAUUUGUGCUUGCUGGUUUUCAUUUUAUUUUUGUUUUAAUUCUCAGUAUUGUCGUUCUGUAUAUUAGUAGAGAUUUCGUUGUAUAAGGUCACACUUGAUGUUAGAUAUGUCUGUGUGCAUGCGUCCGUCUAACGAUAUACACUGUCUGGCUUAAUGUGCAUGUAUGUUUUUGAGCAGUGAUUCCAGUCUAGCCAUGUGUGCUACACUAUAUAUCAUAUUAUUGUGGCAUCAGCGGCUUGCCCUGUUUUAGUCUGUAAUCCUUUGUGUGCCUGAGAGAGCCAUUUUGUAAGUGUUGUUUAGAUGUGUCAUCCCAGACAGUCGCUAAAGAUCUUUUUCCAAAUCUUGCUCAGAUUGUUGCACUUUUCAAGCUGGUAUACGCGGAUUUUGUCUUUUUGUUUUUUUAAAUACGUUUUUGGAUUGCUUCUUGUACAUUCACUGUGCACCUGUCUGUUCAUCUAUCACUAAACAUAUAGAUAUAGAGCGAGAGAUUCUUAACAAAUCUAUACAGUUCGCUGCCAUCCGCCUGUCUAUAAACCUGCCUGCAUAUCUAGGCAUAUACCCGCCUGCUGAUCUGUCCAUCUAUUCAUAUACCUGUCUGCCCAUCUGUCUAUAUCCCUACCUGCCUAUCUCUGCACACAGACGCUCUACCAUCUAUCCAUAUACCCAUUUACUUGUCUAUGUAAAACUCUGCAUGUUGAUAUAGAUCGAUAUAAGAAUAUCUGACUGUCCAUCUAUCCAUGUACAUUUCUGCAAAAGAUAAAUCACUACCAGCUGUCAUUUACUUGUGUCUUUCUUAACCAGAGUUCAUUUGUCUGCAGGUACAUGUUUCUCUACCAGUGUGUCAGACAAGGUGUGUCUACAGUCCAGCCAUCCAAGUGUGUAAACUUGUGUUCGUCUGUGUGCCAGUCUUCAUGUGCACUCACUCAUUCUCAGCUGCAGAUGCAUAGCAGCAUACAAGUAUUCGAGAAUGUCAUUUUGAUUCUUUUUAUUUUUUUAUUUUUUUUAUGCCAGUAUGCCUACCAUUGUCUGCCACCCUUGUUGUCAAUCAAUAUCUGUGUUUCUGUUUUUAGUUAUUAUGUACCUUGUUUAAAUGUAACUGUGCAUUAACUGAUCCCUGUAUUUUAAGUCUGUAUUUCAGUCUGCACAUUGGCUUUUAUCUUGAAUAUAGCUGUACUACCAGUUCAUUAGGAUAUCGAAAAUGCAAUUUGUUAAUUCAUGUAAUUGUCUUGGAGCUAAGUGAGCAUUAUCGCACAAACUCUCAUUGACACAAUCGGUGUUAAUCAAACGACUUUAAUUCAGUACAUCUCGUAUUCCUGCUAACUAAUGACUGGCGGUCUGAAAAGUUCUGCAUUGUAUGUGUCUGUGGCGCACAUGUGCAUGUGUGUGCAUGCAUGCGCUUGAUGUGAUAUGUAUGGUAACCAGUAGCCAAUCGCUGAGAGAUGCGUAUAUCAGACAGCAAGAAUGAUGCCUAAGUCCCAAGUCAGAUUAAGAUGAAAAAUUAUGGCUCCAGGCCACCUAUGUAUGGUUUCCCAAUACCACUCCCUAAAUUUCAUUAUAGCACAGACAGGAUAGAGAGAGACCCGGGCUGGACACAGAAUGCGCAGGUCAGCAGCCUUGCUCAACAGUGAUUCAACAGAAGAUAUUUCAUAGAAUCUUUAUUACAUUACAUGUAUAAGAAACAAUGUUAGGUUUUUUUUUGUCACUGUAGGAAAGCAUUACUAAAAACAUUCAACUGAGGUAAAUCGCUGCGCAAGCAACUUUACAAAGUAAAAAAUCCAUUUAGUAAAAAUAUCAGGUUUCAUUUGCUUAAACUUAAAAAUACACUUAUAUAAGAUUUUCAGUACAGUUGAGUUUGUCCAUCUUACAUCUCGAAAAUGACUACUGUAGGGGCUUAAUGCUCUCUCAAUGUGCUUUUUGAUUUGACUAAUUUCAUUAUGUGUUUCUUAGUGUCUUGCGCUAUUGUUCUGGGAGACAUCGUCGAGGACCGCCCAUGUAAUGAGGUAAGAGUUACAUCUAUUACAAAAAAAAAAAUGCAUCCUCGCCUUUCAAUGUCAGCUGUAGCAGGGGGUUGAUAAUCGAUGGCAUAGUUUAGUAGCUAAACCGAUACUUUCAAACCAAUAAAUGGAUAGAUCAGUUGACUUCUACAUAUUAUUAUUUUUUUUAUUAUUAUUGCCAUUUAUAUAGCGCCAACAGAUUCUGUAGCGCUUUACAAUAUUGUGAGAGGGGGGAUUUAACUAUAAAUAGGACAAUUACAAAAAACUUACGGGAACAAUGGAUUGAAGAGGACCCUGUUCAAUCGAGCUUACAUUCUAUACAAGGUGGGGUGUAAAACACAUUAGGACAGGUAUUCGGAGCAUGUAAUUUAGGAUUCAAUGCUGCUCGCCUACUGGGAUUUGUCAUGCUCUGCCACAUUCACACGCUUUACAGAAUACAUUGAACUAUCUGAAGAGAGAUUUAGAGCUCUAAAUUGCUUUAGGCACAUAUAUAUGUCUUUCUUUACAACACUGCUCAAAAGUAAAAAAAAAUCUGCUUGUGUGGCCAAUAUAACUUUAUGUUCGAUCUCUUCUUUUUAUGUUCUAUCCCCUUUAAUAUAGUUUAUUACUUAAAGAACCCGUAUUGUGGCAUUAACUUCCUAGGUAGCAACAUGGAAAGUCCCCCGGUUCUUAUAACUAAAGUUUGGUUGGGUUAAUCGGUUUAAGGGUUAACAUAGAAACAUAGAAUGUGACGGCAGAUAAGAACCAUUCGGCCCAUCUAGUCUGCCCAAUUUUCUAAAUACUUUCAUUAGUCCUUAGCCUUAUCUUAUAGUUAGGAUUGCCUUAUGCCUAUCCCACGCAUGCUUAAAUUCCUUUACUGUGUUAACCUCUACCACUUCAGCUGGAAGGCUAUUCCAUGCAUCCACUACCCUCUCAGUAAAGUAAUACUUUCUGAUAUUAUUUUUAAACCUUUGUCCCUCUAAUUUAAGACUAUGUCCUCUUGUUGUGGUAGUUUUUCUUCUUUUAAAUAUAGUCUCCUCCUUUAUUGUGUUGAUUCCCUUUAUAUAUUUAAAUGUUUCUAUCAUAUCCCCCCUGUCUCGUCUUUCCUACAAGCUAUACAUGUUAAGAUCCUUUAACCUUUCCUGGUAAGUUUUAUCCCGCAAUCCAUGAACCAGUUUAGUAGCCCUUCUAAAUGCCGCAUUCCACAAGUUGUUGCACUUUCUCAAAAUGUAAAUCCUCCUCCCAUCCCCCCCCCCACACGUGACAAUUAAAAUAUAACUCACAGCUUCAUUAACAGAUACCUUCUAUCUGAAUCUAUGAUGUAACAUUCCGUAUGCAUUCUGUAAUAAACUGCUUAAAGAUUGCAAGCAGUAUAGGCAACCUCGCUAUCGCCAACUGGUGCAAUUUCCAUCACUUAUUUAAUAAGGGCUGAGCAGUGAAAAGUGACUCAGUGACAUUAGCCAAGUUAUUAACUCUAUUCAUUAACGUUCUGCAACUCUGUCCCUGUGGAUCCUAAAACAGCCAUCAGAUAUAGUAGAUAUUUUAUUUUAAUAAUCGGUAGUACUUAAAUCGCAGCUCACCUUGCAUCAAUCAUGGUGUAGUUCCUUGCUAUGGAACCAAUACAUUACCAAGCCAUAUGCGGCUUAAAUUUUGCUCUUGAUAACAUACAUGCUCCUGUACACUCGAACUGUUUUACAAGUCUACAUUAAAAAAAAAGAUUAGAUUCUGUGAGUAAACUGAUCAGAUAUUGCUUAGUUCUAUAAACAACUCUUUACUCUGCCAUGAUCGCGAUUGCCACAAUGUAAUAUCACUGUCUCACGCACUACAAUGAAAUAUAUCACAAUUAUGUCACUGCACUAAGAAUCCUAUUACUGCAUUGAUUCUUGCAUUGAGUUGAAUAAUGACUUUCUAGGCCUUCUUGCAAGCUGCCUGUGGGGCGUAUACAGGAGAUUAG